AUGGAGGAGAAAUCAAAUAUCAAGGAUGCAACAACAAUUGAUUCUACAAAAAAGUCAAAGUACAAUCUGGUUUUACAAAUCUUACUACUUGUAUUAGCCAUAGCUCUUGGUGUCACUCUAGCUUUUCGCGUAUUCUAUGUUGAUCAUGAAGAUACUACUAUGGUACUUUGCGAUCCCAAAUUCAAAAUAGAAGCAAUGUCAUCAACUUCCUUUUCUGUAUUGACUCGUUAUAUUCAUCCUUUGAUAAUGUACAAUCCAGACAAUUGGAACCUCACUUUCUCAGUUCAAAAUCCUAACAACAAUUAUGAUUUCUAUUACAACGAUUUCAAGGCUAACAUAUCCUAUACCGACACCCUUCUUUGGAGUGGCAAUGUGUUUGAUAAAUUCCAUCAACAUGCAAAAGAUCAAAGCUUAAUCGAUUCAACGUUUGCAGCUUUACCUGAGGCAUAUGAAUAUUGGAUUGGUACAUCUAUUGCUGGUGACUUCGUGUCUGGUCAAACUACAAGAUUUUCUGUUAGUCUAAGUGGAAAAAUUCAAAUGAGUGAUCGUAAAUCAGCUUCUCACAUAAGUUGUCGCGAAGUUGAGGUGUCUUGUGGAGGUUUACGCGUUGAGAAUUUACAAGACAGUACUCAAACAGGAGUAUUAGUUGUUGAUUCUUCAAAAGCUUGUACUCUAAGUCAUGCUCAUCUCUGUUCAAUCAGAUUUCCAAAUGACUUUGACAUAUCAAAAUCUGGAUCAUCCAAUGUGUCGAAAUUCCUCAAAACUAUCUCCAUCAAGAAUCACGAACAAACGUCUAGUUCAAACCUCGAAAAGGUAGAAAUAGAGCCAAAAAUGAAGGUGUUCCGAAAGAAAAAGCUUUCAAGAGUAUUUUCGGAGGACUAUGAUGGGGUGCAAUGGAAGAUACUAGAUCCGCGAGGACGUCCUAUAAACAUAUGGAACAAAUGUUUCCUUAUUGCUUCUCUAACUUCUCUGUUUGUUGAUCCAUUGUUCUUCUAUUUACCAAGUGUUAACAACGAAAUCUGUAUGGAUGCAAGUUAUCCUAUGGAGAUAGUCCUUACAAUCGUUCGAUCAGUCAUAGAUGCAUUUUAUCUGGUUCAGAUUUUAGUUCAGUUUCGAACAGCCUACGUUGCACCUUCCUCUCGUGUUUUUGGAAGAGGUGAGCUAGUCAUUGAUUCUUCAAAGAUUGCUUCAAGGUAUCUUCGUAAGGACUUUUUGCUCGACGUCUUGGCUACUCUUCCUCUACCUCAGGUUUUGAUUUGGGCUGCAAUUCCGUCUCUGAGAGGUUCGAAUAGGAUUGGUGCAAAACACGCCUUACGCCUAACUAUCAUUUCUCAGUUCCUCUUGAGGCUAUGUCUGAUUUUUCCACUUUCAUCUCACAUUAUCAAGACCACUGGUGUAAUGGUGGAAGCUGCUUGGGCUGGCGCGGUUUAUAACCUCGUGCUCUUCAUGUUGGCAAGUCAUGUCAUGGGAUCUUGCUGGUACCUUUUAGCUGUGGAGAGGCAAGAACAGUGUUGGAAGAAGAUUUGUGAUCAACAGCAACCAUAUUGCCAAUAUUGGUAUUUCGACUGCCAAAGGAAGAACGAUAACAGUAGAAUCGCGUGGUAUCAAUGGAGCAAUAUAUCUACAUUAUGUGGUCCUAGCAGCAACUUCUUCCAAUUUGGAAUCUUUAACGAUGCACUGACUCAUCGCGUUACACAGUCAUCAUUUUUGAACAAGUAUACGUAUUGUUUCUGGUGGGGCUUAAGGAACCUAAGCUCUAUUGGGCAGAAUCUCUUGACUACUACUGACAUUAAUGAGAUAAAUUUCGCGGUUGUUCUUGCAAUUCUUGGAUUGUUGCUUUUCGCGUUACUUAUUGGCAAUAUGCAGACCUUCCUUCAAUCUACUACUAUGAGACUCGAAGAAUGGAGGAUUAGGAGGACGGAUACAGAAGAAUGGAUGCAUCAUCGUCAACUCCCUCACGAUCUAAAGGAGAGGGUCCGGAAAUAUGAUUUGUAUCGUUGGGUGACAACAAGAGGUGUUGAUGAAGAAUCCAUCGUUAGAAGCCUUCCUGUUGAUCUCAGAAGGGACAUCAAACGUCAUCUUUGUCUUGAUCUAGUUCGUCGAGUACCUUUGUUUGAUCAAAUGGAUGAGUGUAUCUUAGAUGCAAUAUGUGAAAGGUUGAAACCACUUCUAUACACCGCGGGAACUUGCCUAGUUCGUGAAGCUGAUCCAGUGAACGAAAUGCACUUCAUUAUAAGAGGACAUUUGGAUUCCUACACUACUGAUGGAGGAAGAACAGGUUUCUUUAACUCGUGUCAGCUCGGUCCAUGUGAUUUCUGUGGUGAAGAAUUACUAACAUGGGCACUAGACCCUCGUCCGAGCAUCAUCCUUCCUUCCUCUACACGUACAGUGACCGUGCUCACUGAAGUAGAAGCGUUUGCAUUGGCUGCAGAAGAUGUGACCUUCGUGGCAUCACAGUUCCGUAAACUGCAUAGCAAGCAGUUAAGGCAUACAUUCAGGUUUUACUCGAACCAAUGGAGGACUUGGGCCGCGUGUUUUAUACAAGCAGCUUGGUUUCGAUACAAGAGAAGGAAAGAGGCUGCUGCGCUUAAUAAGGCGAAGCAGAGUCCCCUGGCUGCUCCUCUGCCUACUGAACCACGAGAUGAACGAAUUAGAAGCGUGUCGUUGGGACAAAAGGCUUCAGAGUUUGCUGUGUAUGCUGCAACAUUGGCAGCAAGCAACAGAAAAGGUGGAAGUAUGAGGGGAGAACUAGAGAUUAUUAGUUCAUUACAAAAGCCUGUGGAACCUGAUUUUUCGGUUGAGGAUAGAUGA